UCAUUUAACCUUUCCUUUCUUUCCGGUGACUGCUCCACAAAAGACGCUAAAGUAUGUAAAAAAUAUUAAAAUUUAUCGUUGAAAAUCUGUGUAAUCACUACAAUGAUAUGUGUACAGAAUUAAAAAAUGGAUGUUUAUGCCAAAGGCUCAUCGCGUAGCUAUCUACGAGUAUCUCUUCAAAGAGGGUGUCAUCGUUGCCAAAAAGGAUUUCCAUGCUCCCAAGCACCCUGAGCUGGAGACCAUUCCCAACUUGCAUGUUAUCAAAACAUUGCAGUCGCUUCAUUCUCGAGGCCUGGUUAAGGAGCAAUUCGCAUGGAGACAUUAUUACUGGUAUUUAACCAAUGAAGGUAUUGAGUACCUUCGCAGUUACUUGCAUUUGCCUCCUGAAAUUGUGCCGGCCACAUUGAAACGUCCAGCACGCUCAGAGACAAUGCGUCCCCGCCCAGCGGCAUCUGCUCGUACUGGUGACUCUUCGAAGACCGGUGAGGACCGUACUGCUUAUAGACGUGCGCCCGGUGGACCCGACAAGAAGGGAGAUGCUGGUCCUGGUGCUGCUGAUGUUGAUUUCCGUGGUGGAUUCGGACGUGGUGCACGCCCACAAUAAAAAGUGGAUAUAAAAAUAUUCUAGUAACCACUUCUUUAGUUAUAAAAUGAUGUUCCAGACGGGAUUUUUUAUUUUGAAGUAAAUAAAAAAUAAUAAAACUAUCUUGAAA